CCCAACCUAUGCUCUCCCUGCCAAGGUCUUGAUGGGCAGGUGGGCCCCGCCCCCAGGCCGGGUGCCACCUCUGAGGCAUAAAGCCCGCCAGGGCAGCUCCUGAGGGACCUCUGCCGUCUGCCAUGAAGGGGAGCAGCACCCUCCUACUGGGGGCCCUCACCCUGCUCUGCUCCUGCGGGCUGGCCACCGGGGCGGACAGCAGGGAGCUUUUCAUGGAAUUCCUGCAAACGCUGCUGGUGGGGUCCGCAGAGGAGCUAUAUGAGGGGCCCCUGGGCAAGUACAACGUCAAUGCAGAUGCCAAGGCAGCACUGACUGAGCUCAAGUCCUGCAUAGAUGGCCUACAGCCCAUGCACAAGGCGGAGCUGAUCAAGCUGCUGGUGCAAGUGCUGGGCAGUGAAGAUGAUGCCUAGCAGACCCCAGUCAUGGCUCCAAGCAGCCACAGGACCAGCUACACAAGCAGCCAUGGCCACGCCGGCCCAUUACCACUUCCCCAUGUGUGAAUGUAUCCUAAAACUGUUCAGUCAAUAAAGCCUCCUGCAGCUC